CCCCCUUCCCUCGCUUGCGACUGCAUGCUACUUACCAUGGACUUGUUUCUUCACACCCGCAUAUGAUAUGAUGGACAGGCACCUGUUCCCCCCCCCGCACUAGCUUAUCUCCUCCUCCUCCUCUUCUUCUUGCUCCCUUCCUUUCCCUUUCACUCUUUCCUCCUCCUUACCUCUCUCAUCAGCUCAUCUCCCUCGUUCCUCAUUCAGAAUCGAAAUGAAGGACACUGCUGCCUCAGAGGAUCCCUCCGCACAGUCCUCGCGGCUUCGCAGUCUCGUCCGCACUGCUCUCCUGGUUCUGCUCUCCGCCGUGGCUGUCCAAUGGACGCUCUUCCCUUCCUCCAGGACCACCUAUCUCUGGUCCAACAUCAAGAACAUCCACCGGCCCAUCCAGUACCAUGGCCAGGGCAUCUCCUCAAGCUUCUUUGAGGGCUGGUACUUUAAGCUUGUCAAGCCAGGCAAAUCUGAAACGGACCCAGUCCUCGGUAUGGCCGUCAUCCCUGGCAUCUACAGGCCCCCUCCAGGGGAUGCGAGCCACGGCAGGGCCCAUGCCUUCGUCAUCCUUCUCGGACUGCCUGGCUCUCACAACUCGGCCUACUAUCGAUUCCACACAGAGGACUUUGUCGACCUCGGAGGGCGAAGCCCAGGAGAGGAGGGCGCAUUCCGUAUCAAGAUUGGCAAAAGCGUGUUUGCGCAUGAUGAGAUUAUCCUUAACCUCCCCGCAGAGAACUUUGACCACAUCCCUGCAAGCGAGCUCGAAACCUUUUAUACCGAGGCCAGCCAUCAAUACCAGACCCAGUACUUGGUCUCCACUCAGUCUCCAGAUGAACAGAUCUCUCAGGCAUUCUUCCGAAAACAGUUCCCGAGCUCUGACCAGCUGAGGCAGCAGGAGCAACAGGGGCCCUUCGCAGUCCAGGGUCAUUUCCUGUUUCCCGCCAAGACACAGACACCUCUGCCAACAUCGCUUCUGACCCCUUCCAUCAUGGGCUUCACCGCAUAUAUACCGUUUCUCGAGUGCAACCACGGGGUCGCAUCUCUGCACCAUUCCAUUCAAAAGGGCCGUAUCGCCACUUUGUCUGCAGACAACUCGACCCAAGCAGAGGCCACAUUCGAUGGGGGCGUUGGGUACACGGAAAAGGACUGGGGUAUCAACUUUCCUUCAACUUGGAUCUGGGCUCAAGCCAACAUCUUCAAAGAGUCGCCUGGGUCUUCCUUGCUGGUCUCUGCGGCAUCAGUACCAGUCCUGGGGCCAGAGGUCACCGACUGGGUCAACACCUAUUUGAAAGUGGCAUCUCCACUGACGACUGCCCCAGGCAUGUUAUUUGUUUACUACCACGCGGCCACCAAGACCCUUUACAACUUCUCGUCCUACAUACUCUCUGCCAAGGUCAAAAGUCUCAAGGUGACCUUCGAUACCCGUCAGCUAUCGCAGACAGUUUCCUUGCAUGCGACAACCAAGGACCCCAAGAAUGCCCACAACACUGUGGCGAUACAAGUCAAUGUCACAAGAGCAAUAGGUACCGGCGUGCCCCUGCGAGCUCCCAGUCGGCUCAAGGGUAGGAUGUUCACUGCCGUUGAGGAGACGGUAGUGGCGCACACGCAGGUCAAGCUAUGGCACGUCCAUUCAGGCGAAGUCAUCGUCGAGGAUGUUGGACUGGGCAGUGGACUUGAGGUCGUCGGCGAUAUCCAAUGGCUACAAACUAAGUUUCGCCAUCCUUGAGGCUGACAAUUGCAGUAUCUAAGUGUAGAUCUAGAUCACCAUAAGGACCUGGAGCAUAUUAUAGACAAAACUUCCUCCAAUAAAAAGAAAGCUCUGGUCCCCGACGACCCGCCAUAAUCUCCGACUGGAUUUUGACGGGCUUGCGUUUUCUGUCUUCC